AUGGUACAUUUAUGGUUACGAGCGGAAACAAAAUUAAAUGAACACCGAGCGGCUUUAACACCUUCAGCUUGUAAAGUAUUGCUUGAAAAUGGCUUUCAUAUUUCCGUUGAAAGAUCUUCAGAACGAAUAUUCGAUGAUGAAGAAUACGAGCAAAAGGGAUGUACACUUGUACCAACUUUAACUUGGAAAAAUGCACCAGCUGACGCAUAUAUUAUUGGACUUAAAGAAUUACCGGAAAAUGAUGAUUCACCGCUUUCGCAUCAACAUAUUUUUUUCGCUCACUGCUAUAAAAAUCAAGGAGGAUGGAAAGAUAUCUUGAAAAGAUUCAUUAAAGGAAAUGGAACUAUACUUGAUUUAGAAUUUUUAGUAGAUGAAAAAGGUCGUCGUAUUGCAGCAUUUGGCUAUCAUGCAGGAUUUGCCGGAACAGCUCUUGGCCUUGAUGUUUGGACGAAUCAACAAUUACAUCCUACGCAAGAAUUUUCUAAGGUCGAACCUUAUCCUGAUGAAAAUGUAUUGAUUAAAUAUAUCCAAAACCGUUUAGAUGGUGCAGUUGCUGUUCAUGGAAGACAGCCACGUAUUAUGGUUAUGGGAGCAUUAGGUAGAUGUGGUAGCGGGGCUGUUGAUUGUGCUCGUAAAGCGGGUAUUACAGAGGAAAAUAUCAUUAAAUGGGAUAUUGAAGAAACUAAGAAAGGAGGACCGUUUAAAGAAAUUCUUGAAUGUGAUAUUUUUGUUAAUUGCAUUUAUUUAAAUCAAAAAAUACCACCAUUUCUUACUAAAGAAAUGCUUGAUGAAGGAAGACAACUCUCAAUUAUCGUAGAUGUUAGUUGUGAUACUACAAAUCCUAAUAAUCCUAUUCCUGUAUAUAAUGUCAACACAACUUUCGACAAGCCAACUGUAUCUAUUGAAACAGCUAAUCCCCAUCCUAUUGAAGUAAUUUCAAUUGAUCAUUUACCAACUUUAUUACCAAGAGAAGCGAGUGACUAUUUUGCUAAGGAUUUAUUACCUACUUUAUUGGAAUUAAAGAAUCGUGAAUCAUCUAAUGUAUGGCAAAGAGCUGAGAAGAUAUUUAAAGAAAAAUGUGCUUUGGCUGAUAGUUGA